AUGGGUCGACCAGAAGAUAUCGAAGCCGUGUACAACAAACCAUCUUCAUCAGUUUCAUCUUCAUCACCACCCUCGAUACAGUCAAUACCAUCCGUGCCACCACCGCCCUACUUCAAGUCACACUUCAUCUCUCCAUCGUCUUUCAAGUCGGCCGUAAACGAAAAGCUCGACAAGCCUGCCGUAUCUCUCUUCCGUCUCAGCAUCCGCAUUUUCCAAUUCGUAUUCGCCCUUGCCUCAGGCAUAUCCUAUGCCAUCGAACUUCGCCAUACAACCAGCGAUGCGAGCUCAGACUUCAUAUACGCACAAGUUGUGUUUGGUCUUACCCUCAUAGUCUUGGUCAUAGACAGCAUAACAGCACGGAACUACCGUAUGACCUGGGUGCCGGAGUGGAUCUUGGCCAUCCUAUGGAUCGCUUGUUUCGGCCGUUUCUACACAAUUUAUCUGCGUAGCGAUAUUGAGCAAGGAUACGAGAAUGUGGAUGUAGGACGCAUGGAGAGAGCUGUGUGGUGCGACCUCAUCAACGCAUUACUGUGGAUGGGAAGUGCCUUGUUCUCUUCAUUCAUGUGCUACGCUGGAAUCAAAGCUGCCAUCAAGGCAAAGUUGGAAAAACGGAGGCAAAGGAAGGAGGGGAAGAAGGCGGUUAGAGAGAUGGGUCAGAUGGAACAGGGCGUUGUCGGACGGUGA